AUGAAGGUUUUGUGGGAGGCGCUACAUCGACGGUAAAGGUUUGUAGUCCUGAACUUGAGCGCAGUUAAGUCGCGAUGGGCUACUCUGGAAAGUGUAAAGAUCUGAAAACCCGCUGGAACCCUGAUUCUCACAUUUGUGUGCCGUGUCCUUUAAAGCCAGGGUAUGAAGUUACUCCUAACUGUGGCUAUGAUGACUACGGAGGGCGACACGAGGUCCCCCAUGAUAAGUGCAAAGCCAAUACUUUUAAUGAUGGCAGCACGGCUUAUUGUCGGACCUGCACAGUCUGUCCGUCGGGCCAGGUCACGGUGAGCGAGUGCACACCGACUACCGACACCAAGUGCCGAGACCCAAGGGAUUGGACGACGGAAGCAGCAGGCAGGGGACCAUCGACAACUCAAAAUGUUUCGCCCGCUUUCACCAAGGCGUCAACGAUUCAGACCAACCGAGCAUCCAGCUUGGCAACAAACGCACCGACUGUGAGAGCUCUACCAUCAGUCACCUACCCACAUCCUGGAAGUUUAAUGCAAUGGGGACUACCACUGGCUAUCCUAAUUUCCAUCAUGAUUGCUGCCUUAUUUGCUUGCAUGAUAUACAUGAAACGGAAAAGAGGUCAGAGCACAGUGUUGAGUUAUAACAGAAGAUCAUCAUACAUCAAGGCGGGGUUCUCCUCUCUUUCUGCUCCACCUGGUAACAAUGAUCUGGAGGACAUCCUGAGUCCUAGCAUCCUGUCAGCACCGUUACAGACUGUGCUGGACAACCUGGAUGUUCUGGAAGAGCUGGUCAUUUUGUUGGAUCCAGAAACCCACGGAGUAAAGAACACCAAACAUCUGGCGUCUCAUUGCUCUUUCCCCUCCUCUUGGAUUACUUACACCUACUCUAUGAAGGACAGUAAGAGCCCCUUAAAAGCCGUGUUGGAGGGGGUCACCAGCAAGCACCCUGAAUGGGCCGUAGGCCACCUGGCCAAGCUUCUGAGAAAAAUGGAGCGCAAUGAUGCAAUCGCUGUUCUCACCAAACUUAAACUGAACAAGAUGGAUGUGUAGCCAAAAGCCUAUUGCUAUUUGAUUUGGAAUGAAAACAGUUUCCCCUUCUCUGCUCUUUUCUGUAACAUUCAACAGUACUGUUCUGUUCCAGAAGUACUGUCCCACAAUAAAUUCCAGGGAAGGAGGAUUGUUGAAGGAAGUGUAGGGAGUGGUUUGAUACAAAAGACUAUUCAGCUUGUGAAAGAGAGCUAGUUGCUGUGUCUUAUGUGGCUCUGAAAUCACUCCCUUAUUACAGGCACUUAAUAGCUUAGCUUAUAAAGAGCAGUAAAUGAAUAUUUUGGACACAAAGUUAUCUAUAAAAUGUGGCACAUUGCAUGGUGGGAUUGUUAGCAUAAAGAAGUGUACAUGCUGUGGACUUUUUUUGUUCAAGUCUAGGAGUUUGGACAUAAGGUUAACACAAAGGAAAGUCAAAUGCCUGUGGUCAACUCUAUAGGGAAUUUGUGAGAACACUAUAUAAUGAGUAGUAAAAUAUAUAUCUAAAACAACUGAUAUUCACCAAUACUCUUCAUGUUUACACUGUACGUCUUAAAGACACGUUACUGUCUUUUUAAAUAUUAGAUAGUGGCAAUAAUCUAUUUUAAACUCAACACAGGAAGAAAGUGGGUGAAAAA